AUGCGGAAAACUGAGGGUGCUGCCCAUAUACCGUCUAACCUGUGCCACUUGUUCUUCCACACAAGGUUGACACCUUGCUGCGAAUGCUCAGAGCCCUACCUGUCGGGAGGCCUUUCCCUCACUGCUGGCCUUUAUGCUCAUCCCAGGUACGUUGACGACGUGAUCAGCCGCAUUGACAGGAUGUUCCCUGAAAUGUCCAUCCACUUAUCCAGACCCAAUGGGACGUCCGCCAUGCUUCUCGUGACCUUGGGAAAGGUGUUGAAAGUGAUUGUCGUCAUGCGGAGCCUGUUCAUUGAUCGGACGAUAGUGAAGGGGUAUAAUGAAAACGUCUACACAGAAGACGGCAAGCUUGAUAUAUGGUCCAAAUCCAACUAUCAAGUAUUCCAGAAGGUGACGGACCAUGCCACCACCGCCCUGCUCCACUACCAGCUGCCCCAGAUGCCCGACGUCGUGGUCCGAUCCUUCAUGACCUGGUUAAGAAGUUACAUAAAGCUGUUCCAGGCCCCGUGCCAGCGCUGCGGGAAGUUUCUGCAAGAUGGCCUUCCCCCGACGUGGAGGGAUUUCCGCACCCUCGAAGCGUUCCACGACACCUGCCGGCAGUAACCCUGCCCCAGCCCCGGGCCAGCCCGCAGACCCGCAUCCAGCACCUUCCCAGACAGGCCCUCGGGCAGAGUGAGGGCUCAGACGCGUCUCUGCGGCCGGAUGGCAGUACCGCCGCCCGCUCGCUUCCGCGAAGCAGCACGUCGUGCGCUAAGGCCGAGCUUCUUGAAGAGCAGACUCCGUCUCCGUUGAUGGGACUGUUGUCCACCUGAGCUGGCGCGUGGAGGGCAAAGGGGCCGUCUUAGGACUCACUACAAGGAAGUAGUUAGGCAGCAUGUUCUCCCGUGUAUGUUCGCAGUACUAGUCCAUUGACCCGCCUGGAUCCUUGUUCUAAGUCAUCUUAUAGUUGGAAUGAGCCUUUGUGUCGUGCUGAGUUUUUUGGUUUGUUCCAUAACUUAUUUUUAUAAGCAAUAAACCUUUUGUACC